GUGCCCGGAGUAUUUUCUCGGCGCUCCGCUCUCUCUUCCUUGUCAAAUCAUUCACUUUGCUUUAACAGGAAGAUGGUACUGCGAGCUUGUGGCUUUAUCAUAUUUCGCCGUCUAGUCGGCCGCAUCCCUCCUCCAGGCAACAUCGAGUAUCUCCUUCUGCAGACAUCUUAUGGGGAACACCACUGGACGCCACCAAAAGGUCAUGUGGACCCAGGUGAGGAUGACCUCACCACAGCACUGAGAGAGACCAAGGAGGAGGCGGGGCUGGGAGCAGAGCACCUGAAAGUGAUAAAAGGCUUUGUUCAGGAGUUGCACUAUGAGGUGCGUGGCAAACCCAAAGAGGUGCUGUACUGGUUGGCUGAGCUGAAGGACCCAGGGAAAGCUGUGACUUUGUCUGAUGAGCACCAGGAUUACCGCUGGGCCCAACUGGAGGAAGCCUGCACUCUGGCCCGGUACAAAGACCUGCAGGACACACUGAGAGCAGCACACAGACACCUAGAGGCAUGUCAGGACAAACAAUGAUGUGUCACAGAGGAGAGGAUCAUAAAUGGGAAGUAACUGCCUGCUGGUAUGUGGGAUCGUACCUUUUUCUGGAAGAGCAUCUGUUUUGAAAGCACUGCUCCUAAUUCCUUUAACUGAAUGAGUCUGACUUUCCUGCCUUGUCUUUCUUUAAAUGCUUUCCAGAACCUUAUGUAAGAGAAAGACUCCCUUAAGUCACAAAAAAUCAGAGAGAAAAUAAAAUCAACAGUUGAACACUAAUUACUGCACAAAAAUACGACUGUGCCCUUGAAUAUCCUUAGUAAUAGGAUUAAAUGCAUAAAUGAUGCGUUUUUGAUUGUAAAUAAGCUGUAUUGCAGGUUUGUGCAUUACAGCUGUCUUUUUGGUCAUUUUUUUUCGGUCUGUCUCCAGUUUGAAUUAAAUUUAGACCAACACGAAAGUUUUCUCCUACCUUUGAUACUUACUCAACUUUACAUCAUUUCUGAAUGGAUUGUUUUGUUUUUUUAAACAUGUAUUACAAAGAUGCAAGGGGAUACUGGGCUAAAAAUAGAACAGUCAAGUGAAACACUAAUGAUAAAAAUAAACUGUAAACAGCAGAUGCUGCCACAUGGUGGGGACAAACAUUUUUUUUUCCCUAAAGCUGCACAUUUGAUAUCACAAGCAUAAAAUAGCAGCACAUAGCAGAGCAAAGAGAGCAGCAAUAGAUAACUAACAU